AAAGCUUUGGACCGUGUUGGACGGCAUAAUAACUCUAUCUAUGGAGUAAUAAGAAGAAGAUGUCGGGUGACGGUUCGGAAUUUGGUCUGGAUGGAAUGUGCGCGGCGGGUUUGGAAGUAACCACGUUUCUUCUCUUUCCUUCCCAUAGAAAUUCCCUCUUUUCGUCCCCACCCAAACACUCCCCACAACUUUCGGUCCCUCUCCGAAGAAAAAACAGAGGACCAAAAGGAUCGGGAAUGAGAGGCGCCGGCAACGGCAAGCGCCGUUGCUACCCACUCCUAUUUCUCCGAUAUAUCCUAAUAAUAAUAAUAACCCAUAAUUUUGCCGCCUCUCUCGCCGUCGACACCAUCACUCCGGCGAAACCGCUCUCCGGCAACCAGACCUUGGUCUCUUCCGAUGGGAUUUUUGAACUGGGAUUCUUCACCCCCGGCGGCUCCGGUAAAUUCUACGUGGGGAUAUGGUACAAACAGAUUAGGGACAAGACCGUCGUCUGGGUCGCUAACAGAGAUGCUCCCCUACCCGGCUCCGACGGGAUCUUGAAAAUCGGGGAAGACGGCAACUUGUACCUCCUUGCUGAGAACGGCGGGAAUUCGACGUGGUCAUCGUCGAGUCAACCGGCGGCGGAGAAGAAGAAGACUGUCGCGCAGCUUCUGGAUUCCGGAAACCUGGUUCUCCGGCAAGAAAACGACGGGGAGUAUCUGUGGCAGAGCUUUGACUACCCGACGGACACGAUGCUUCCGGGUAUGAAACUGGGAUGGGAUUCGAAAUCCGGGUUGACCCGAUACAUAACUUCAUGGAAGAGCUCGGACGACCCGUCGGAGGGGAGCUUCACAUUCAAAUUAGACACCGGCGAUCUGCCGGAGUGUUUCUUGAGAGACGGGGACAAAGUCGUCUACCGGAGUGGGCCGUGGAAUGGGCUGAGAUUCAGCGGAGUUCCGGAAAUGAAGCCCACCAAAAUCAUAACCUUUUCAUUCUCCUUGACGAACGAAUCCAAUUUCUACACAUUUGAGCUCCACAAUAAAUUUCUUUACUCGAGAUUAAUGGUGAGCUCCGCUGGAUUGCUGGAGCGGUACACGUGGGUCCCGACGAGCAAAAUCUGGAGCAGAUUCUGGUACGCGCCGAGGGACCAGUGCGACGGGUACAGAGGGUGCGGCGCGUUUGGGUACUGCGACACCAACAUGUCGCCGGUGUGCCGAUGCCCGCCGGGAUUCCGGCCGAGAAACCAGCAGGCGUGGGACCUGCGCGACGGCUCCGCCGGUUGUAUCAGGAAAGACGAGCUGGAUUGCGGGCGGGACGGGUUUAUAGAGAUGAAGUAUAUGAAGUUGCCGGACACGUCGGAUUGCUUCGUGGACAAGAGGAUGGAUUUGAAGGCGUGCAAGGAGAUGUGCCGGAGGAAUUGCUCUUGCACGGCUUUUACGAACUCCAAUGUGUCUAAUGGCGGCUCCGGGUGUGUCAUUUGGACGGCGGAGCUUUUUGAUAUGCGGCGGUACGCGGCGGUGGAGGGAGGCCAGGUGCUCUACAUCCGCGUCGCUGUUUCCGAUGUGGAACGAGGUGGAGGAGAUGACGGAUCUAGAGAUGCUUCUAAGAAGACACUGCCAGUAAUCUUAGCUUGUGGCGUCACGGUUGGUGUUGGUCUUGUUCUGCUUGCAGUCAUGCUGACAUUAUUAUUCCUCUCGAGAAGAAAGCAAUCGCGCAGGGUCACAAUGAGAACCGCAGACAUGAGAAGUUCACGCGACAGAAGUCAAGAUCUUCUAACAAAUGCAGCCGCGAUCCCAGGGGUACGAGAAUUUUCUGGCGAAGCUAUGACAGCAGAAGACUUUGAUUUACCGCUGUUUGAUUUUAGCGCCAUUGUCAUGGCCACCAACAACUUUGCAGAUGCAAACAAGCUAGGCCAAGGCGGUUUUGGAUGCGUGUACAAGGGAAUGGUGAUUGAAGGUCAAGAAAUAGCAGUGAAGAGACUGUCGAAGAAUUCUGGGCAAGGGGUGGAAGAAUUUAUGAAUGAGCUUAGAUUGAUUGCGAAGCUUCAGCACAGAAACCUUGUCCGGCUACUUGGAUGUUGUGUUGAUAUGGAAGAGAAAAUCCUAAUAUAUGAAUACAUGGAGAACAAGAGUCUAGAUUCAACUUUAUUCAACAAGCAAAAAAGUUCACUGCUCAACUGGCAGACACGGUUUAACAUCAUUUGUGGAAUUGCUCGGGGGCUUUUAUAUCUUCACCAAGAUUCGAGAUUCAGAAUAAUCCAUAGAGAUCUCAAGGCCAGCAACAUUCUCUUGGAUAAAGAAAUGAAACCAAAAAUAUCAGAUUUUGGGAUGGCAAGAAUUUUCGGGGGAGAUGAGACCGAAGCAAAUAAUACAAAGAGAGUAGUGGGAACAUAUGGUUAUAUGUCGCCUGAAUAUGCAAUGGAUGGGUUGUUCUCAGUGAAAUCCGAUGUUUUUAGCUUUGGAGUUCUAGUGUUAGAAAUUGUGACGGGGAAGAAGAACCGAGGAUUUUACAACCAAAACAACCAGCAAAACCUUCUCGGGCAUGCUUGGACGUUGUGGAGAGAAGGGAGAUGGCCAGAGUUGCUGGAUUCGACCAUAGGAGAAAUGUAUUCCCACUGUGAAGCGAUGAGAUGCAUUCAAGUUGGGUUGUUGUGUGUGCAAGAGGGGGCAGAAGACAGACCCAAUAUGGCAACUGUGGUGUUGAUGCUGAGCAGUGAGAGCGCGACGCUUCCCCAGCCUAAAAACCCUGGGUUUUGUCUGGGAAGAAGACCUGAUGAUAUGGAUUCAUGUACCAGUAACAAUUAUGAUGAAAGUUGCACCGUAAAUCAAGUCACUGUUACUAUUCUAGAUGGCCGCUAGCCACUUGAUAAGAGGUAAUAGUGUGCCUCGUAUGAGCGCAGCUUUAGAACUUGCAGAUCAUUUUAGUCUAUCACCAUAGACCUCUUCCACCAAGGUUUUCAGAGGACAGGUGAUCCGCGAAUUUUGCGUGGAACCAUUUUUUGACAUUGGGCGUUAUUGGUACAAUUGUAUAGUUCAAGUUCACAAUUUAUUUCAUAUUUACCUUCUCCAGUGUGAAUGUACUAUUGUGUAAGCUUAUGACCAA